CAGGACUCUCUUGGCGUUAAUGGCAAGACAGUGAUGAUUGCUUGUGUGAGUCCCGCAAACAUAAAUGCCGACAUAACAUUGAACACUUUGGAGUAUGCCAAUCGUGCUCGAAUCAUCCAGAACAAGGCAUUUGUAAGGAUGUCUACAGGGUUGCAAACUCCACUCCAAGCCUGUAGAGCUCAAUCUUCUGCAGCAAGGAAGAGAGAUAUAUCAGGCAAUUCAUCUAAUCCAGUAAUGCUUGAAAGUGUUGAAGUACCUGUAGAGGUACAUAUAUUACUAAUUGGGUGGGUUCAAGACAUAAAUCUGUACAUUAAAUAUCUAAUCCAGUAAUGCUUGAAAGUGUUGAAGUACCUGAGCCAAGUACUCCCAAACCGCUUUCGGAUGUGACCAACUAUACUGAUGAAACUGAAGCAAUUCUCUCUCCACUAAGCAAAUUUUUUGCUCGUAGUUCCAACUUGAAGACCACCUUUAUUCAAGAAUAUCUUGCUUGCCUGAACACUGCUAGCAAAGAGCAGCUGAUGGAGCUAAAGGGCAUUGGAAAGAGAAGAGCAGACCACAUAGUCGCACUAAGAGAAGCGAGCCCCAUACAAUUGGUUUAG